AUGCAUAACGGACAAGUGAUUCAGUUGCAUAUUGGCCAGGCUGGUUGUCAGGUUGGAAGCGCCUGUUGGGAAUUGUACUGUUUGGAACAUGGAAUCAGACCUGAUGGCCAGAUUUAUGCACCUAAAGGUUGCCCAGAUGAAUUCAAUUCCUUCUUCAGUACCUCCGGUGCUGGAAAAUGUGUACCAAGACUUGUCAUGGUCGAUUUGGAACCAACUGUUAUUGAUCAGAUCCGCACUGGAACCUAUCGCUCCCUAUUUAAUCCAGAUACUUUGAUAUCUGGUAAAGAAGAUGCUGCUAACAAUUACGCCCGAGGAUUUUACUCUAUAGGUCCAGAAAUGUUGGAUUUAGUUUUGGACAGAAUUCGCAAAGUCGGCGAAGAAUGUAAUUACGUGCAAGGAUUUAUAAUGUUCAGAUCCUUUGGUGGAGGUACAGGUUCAGGAUUUGCUACCUUGUUACUGGAUUCUUUAUCCAGAGAUUGGGGCAGAACGAGUAAAUUAGACUUUGCUAUUUACCCAGCACCAAGAAUGUCUCCAACUAUUGUGGAACCAUACAACUCUGUUUUCACUACUCAUGGCACUUUAGAAUUCAUCGAUGCUGAUUUUGUGAUCGAUAACGAAGCUUUGUAUGAUAUAUGUGGAAGAUUCUUAGAUUGUCCUAAACCUACAUACGUUAACCUGAAUCGUUUGAUUGCUCAACUUGUAUCGGCCAUCACGGCGUCUUUGCGAUUUUCUGGCCAAGUAAAUGUUGACUUAGUGGAAUUUCAGACAAACUUAGUGCCUUAUCCUAGAAUACAUUUUCCUUUAUGCACCUAUGCACCAUUCAUACCGAGCAAAACUGGUAUGCACGAACAUCCUUCUGUAUCAGAAAUUACCAGCAUGUGCUUUGACCCCAAAAACCAAAUGGUAAAAUGUGAUCCAAGCAUGGGUAAAUAUAUGGCUUGUUGCCUAUUGUACAGGGGAGACGUAAAUCCUACGGAUAUCAAUAAUAAAAUACAGUCUAUUAAACAACAACAUACUAUCCAGUUUGUUGAUUGGUGUCCAACUGGGUUCAAAAUUGGUAUAAAUUACCAGCCACCAACAACUGUACCAGGAGGCGAUUUGGCACCUGCACAAAGAGCUGUCUGCAUGCUUUCAAAUAGCACUGCAAUUAAUGUUGCUUGGCAUAGAUUGGGACAUAAAUUUGAUUUAAUGUUCCGCAAAAAAGCAUUUAUUCAUCAUUAUAUUAAUGAAGGCAUGGAGGAAGCUGAAAUGAAGGAAGCUCGGGAAAAUUUGUCAGCUCUGCAAUUGGAUUAUUUGGAAGUCGAAGAUGAUUCAUAG